AUGGCUUCAUCAACGAUCGUAAAUUCAUGGACAGAAUGGGGCUCAUUGGAGCUUAUUUGUGUAGGCACUGCUCAUGGUAUGUGCUAUCCAGAUGAGACUCCAGCAUUUCCGAGCGUUGCAGGACCUCCUAAUCUAAGUCCAUAUCUUCAAUCGGUAGUAGGCCCACGACCCCGUCGUCGGAUUCAAGAAGCUCAAGCUCAAUUGGAUCAUUUGGUUGAUCUAUUACGAGCUGAAUCAAUUACAGUUGCAUGUUCAAUCGACGAUAUACGAAAUGAAGAUAUUGGAGAAGUUCUCACUCGAAAGCAAACAUCAAUUACUGGCAGUUCUUAUACAACCGACGGUAGAAUUCUUCAGAAGAAUAAGAUUGAUGUGUGUCGACCAACAACAUUGUCAAAUGAACAAUUAAGAUUUGAUCAGCAGCUAACUACACCUAAUUUUAUAUCUAAAUAUCAAUUAGGUUUGACCUGUCCACGUGACGUACUAAUCACACUAGGUGACACCAUAGUAGAAGCACCUACUGCUAUUCACUAUCGCUAUUUUGAAACUGAAUAUUACAAGACUCUACUUUAUUCAUUGUGGUCACGAGAUUCGAAUAUGAAAUGGUUACAGCCUCCAAAACCUACAUGUUCACCAACGCGUAUGUUUAAUGAUGUUGACUAUUGGCAAAAGAAAAGUCACUCUAAUAGUUCUUACAAAACAAAUUUGAAUGAAACAGAAAUUGCUUUCGAUGCAGCCGAUAUAAUUCGUAUGGGUAAAGAUAUCUUCUACAAAAAAUCAGCAACGGCCAAUAAUCAAGGUCUAUCGUGGCUUCGUCGUACAUUUCCUCAUCUUCGCUUUCACAUGAUGCAUUUUCCAACGAGUCUCGAUUGUCAUCUGGAUACUUCACUCGUACCACUUCGACCGCCAACAUCAGGUUCUCCUGGUAUUGUUCUCAUCAAUCAAAACCGUCCUCCACUGGUCAAUGAAAUCAAACUAUUCACUGACAACGACUGGCGUCCAGUAUGGGGACCUUUGCCUGCUACCAAUAGUUUACCGCCGUUUGCAAUGUGUUCAAGCAAUAUCAAUUUAAAUUUACUCUCCCUCAAUGACCAUUGCGUUAUCAUUGAAGAAUGUGAAGUACCCCUAUAUCGAUUAUUGCAUGAUGAACUUGGUUUCGAUGUCAUCACAUGCCCUUUUCGUGUACUUAACGAAUUUGGUGGUAGCAUCCAUUGUGUAACGUGGGAUAUUCGUCGUCAAGGCUCGUGUAUUGAUUAUUUUCCUAAUCAGAACUAUGAAGCUGAAUGUCAACUAGAUCUGGAAAGUUAUUCUGAUCAAGUUGUAUUAGUCCAAGACACUGAAAAGAAAUUUUGA